AGGAGCCGCCGGCGAGGGGGCAACGAGGAAGCUCUGUUCUAGCGUAGCCGGAGAGCAAAAGUUAAAAUUACAGACAUCCUGCCAAAAUGAUUUCUUCAAAGCCCAGACUUGUCGUACCUUAUGGCCUCAAGACUCUGCUAGAGGGAGUUAGCAGAGCCAUUCUCAAAACCAACCCAACAAACAUCACUCAGUUUGCAGCAGUUUACUUUAAAGAACUUAUUAUGUUUAGAGAAGGAAAUAGUUCUCUGGAUAUAAGAGAUCUGGUUAAACAAUUUCAUCAAAUUAAAGUAGAGAAAUGGUCAGAAGGAAUGACACUGGAGGAGAAACGAGAAAGUGUAAAACCACCAGAAGGAACACCUGUAGUUUCCCAAGAACCUACACGGAUGGAAAAAUCCACAGACACUGAGGAAGACAAUAUAGCGAGACUACAAUAUAGCAACAAAACCACCCAGUUUCCAUCAGUUCAUGCUGAGCUCCCACAGUCUGAGGGGACAACUGAAGGAGUUCGGGGUCCUCCUUCCAAACCAAUUACACCUAAAACUACCACCCCACCCGCAUCACCACCUCCAGCACCUGUCUCAGCAGAGUUUGCCUAUGUCCCAGCUGACCCAGCUCAGUUUGCUGCUCAGAUGUUAGCACUAGCAACAAGCGAAGCAGGACAACCACCACCAUAUUCUAACAUGUGGACCCUUUAUUGUCUUACUGAUAUGAAUCAACAAAGUCGCCCAUCACCGCCACCUGCACCUGGGCCUUUCCCCCAAGCAACCCUCUAUUUAUCUAAUUCUAAGGAUCCACAGUUUCUGCAGAAUCCACCGAAAGUUACUUCUCCAACUUAUGUGAUGAUGGACGACAGCAAGAAGACCAGUGCCCCACCUUUUAUUUUAGUAGGCUCAAAUGUUCAGGAAGCCCAGGAUUGGAAACCUCUUCCUGGACAUGCUGUUGUCUCCCAGUCAGAUGCCUUGAAGAGAUAUGCUGCAGUACAAGUACCCAUUGCUGUUCCUGCAGACCCCAAAUUCCAGAAACAUACCCUAAAUUCCCAGAAUGCUAGUCCUCCUACAAGUGGACAAGAUGUCCCCAGACCACAAAGCCCAGUUUUUCUUUCCGUUGCGUUCCCAGUAGAAGAUGUAGCUCUAAAGGGUUCAGGAUCUGGUGACAAGCGCACUCCCUUUGGAAGUUAUGGUAUUGCUGGAGAGAUCACUGUGACCUCUGCCCAUGUCCGCAGAGCAGAAACUUAAAAUGAUGAUGAAAAUGAGGCUGUUUUGAGUCAACAUUCAAGGUGGAGUCUACCACCAAGCAUAAUAUUUCAAUAAACUUCCUGCAAGCAUAAAACCUUGUACUCUUAUUUUUAUAAUUUAGGAGGUAGAAAAAAACACCUUGACUCUGUCCAGAAUUGUGAAGCAAGAGCAUCUUCCAAGUUUAAUAUAUACAUUUUUUAAACCCAUUCUCACUUUUAACAGAUCUAGUCACAAGUUUCUCACCCAGGUAUUCCUACUUGAUUAAUUCUGUAUUUUAAAUUCACACUGAAUGAAAGCAGCAGCACCUCUUAACUGAGUACCCACUCACCACUGUACACGCUUAGUAGCUG